GUAUACCUAUAGGUACAUAUUUAAAUAGCAUUUUAUUUUGCAGAGGUAGAUAAGAAGCUAGUCAUAAUGCUGGGUAAGGUGCUAUCACUCCUGGGCUUCCCUGAUGACAUUCGGCGGAUGAACUUCAGACAGAUGAUGUAUCAAGGUUUGAACUUCGCCAUGAUAGUCUCCUCUGCUCUGAUGAUCUGGAAAGGACUCAUGGUUGUGACUGCCAGUGAGAGCCCCAUAGUUGUGGUGCUUAGUGGGAGCAUGGAGCCUGCAUUCCACCGUGGAGACCUGCUGUUCCUCACCAACUACGAGAAAGAUCCCAUCACGGCCGGGGAGAUUGUGGUGUUCAAGGUGGAGGGCAGAGACAUACCCAUUGUUCACAGAGUCAUCAAAGUUCAUCAAGGGGACGCAGACGACAACACCUCCGUGAAGUUCCUGACGAAGGGCGACAACAACAACGUGGAUGACCGCGGACUGUACGCGCACGGUCAGGUCUGGCUCACGAGGAAGGAUGUGGUGGGGCGCGCCCGGGGCUACGUUCCCUACAUCGGCAUCGUCACCAUCAUCAUGAACGAGUACCCACAGCUCAAGUUCACGGUGCUGGCGUUGCUGGCGCUCUUUGUGCUCUUCAACAGAGAAUGAUAGACUGGUAACACAUGAUGGUGGACUGGCUAGAGAAAAUUAUGGACAGGCACCAGAGAAUGAUAGACUGGUGACAUGAUAUGGACUGGUAAAGAGAAUGAAAGACUGGUAACACUUGAUUGACAGGCAAGAAAAUUAUGGGCUGGCAACAGAAAUGGACUGGCAACAGAAAUGGACUGGCAACAGAAAUGGACUGGCAACAGAAAUGGACUGGCAACAGAAAUGGACUGGCAACAAAGAAUGAUGGACCGGCGCACAAGAUGGCGCCUGUGAUGGUCCCUCAUACACAAACGUUCUCUUGCACAAGCGCGGACUAGGUUUGUUCCGUAUCAGAUUCCCCGUCCUCGUUUUUCCACCUCCAGUAUUUUUACCCUGCAAAUUAUGCACAUGUAAUAUCUGUCUUGUAAUUUUUAUUUCAUGCAUAACUUUAUUUCCUAUUUUUUUCUCGCUGAGGUGUUUCUAAAUCUAGGCAAGUGAGAGAUUUGUUUAAGUACUUCAAUAUUGUACAGAACAAACGUAUUAGACUUUGAACUGCAAAUGCUAUUAUAAACUUAUUGAUUCAUUUUUUCCUUUUCUCAAACAAUAUCUAUCAUCACGUUUGCGAUUUAAGAGUGUGUACAUUUUACAUUUUUUGCGCGUGUAUGUGUGUUUGUAUGAGCGUUUUUAGGUUUGAGUUCGGGGCACAAACUCGCAUUUAAAAAAACGUAAAUUUCCGAUUGCCAUUUGGCGAUGUGAGCGUGAGACUUAGAAAAAUGAAUGCGUCAAAUUGCCUAAAGAGCGACUCACUUUCUCACCCACAGUACGAACAGAGACCGGGCGUAGCACUGAUAUGCCCUUAUGUUGUUCCAAACAGGGUCGGGGUUGCCUGUAACACGCAAGUCUCUUGUCACCGUAGAGCCGCUGUACGUUUGUGAACGCUUCAUCUCUCAUAAUUGUUCUGAUCAAAGCUAAAUUCAAUCUAAUUCAUGCGCAUCCGCACCUUAAAAUACAAUUAAUUCAAUUUCUUAUUUUCAAUUUGAACUCUGUUUUGAUGUAAUAAAGAAAACUCAAGGUACACUUAUAUCAAUUAAAACGAGUUCUAUCUACAAUACACAAUGGCUUUGGCAUGUCUAAAAAACAAGAAAGAUACAUGUAUAAAACUAGUGAUUAGUUUUCGACUUGCAAGUUGCAACGGCUCUUACGUUUUAUACAUACUGAAUAUCAGUUCAUUUAGGAUAUCCCGCCAUUUUAUUUAUCCCGCCAGUUCAUUUAGGAUUUCUGGGAUUGUAACAUGUGUGUUGACUGAAUUGAAGUGUACUCCAUUUCUUACGGGAGAAACUCUUCACAAUUUUGUGAAAAGUUCCUUGAACUUGUCAUCCUUUCAGUAAAGUCUCCGAAGCGAGGCGCUAAUUGUUCUUGCUAGUAUGUUUUUCAAUUGUUUUUUAUUAUCCAAUAUACCUAUGUCCCUCACAAGCCACCUCAACAAAUCCCAUAUCAUUUAAUACGAGUUGUCAAUCUUGUGGUUCAGUGCUGUCUCUAAAGCGUUAGUAUUCCUAAUUAAAUCUAAUCUAUUACAAGAUUAAUAGAUUAAAUUAAUUACAAUUGAAGUUGUACUUACUGAGUAAGUUGUACUUACUCAACUCUUGCUUUGCAAAGAUUCAUCUCUUUUUGUGUGUGGAUGAAUGUAUUCAUUGUUAGCACAAUUAUUGAGGUCCUGUUGUAAAGUAUUCUCUAGUGUUUCAGAAUUGAUGUGUUCGCCCUGCGAAUUCACGGUUUGCGUCAAGUUUUAGUUUUCUUAUUAUUGGUUAUUGCUUAUGACUUUUAUUUAUAGUUGCUAGUGAUUACGUAAAUGUUCAACUGUCGACGCUGACCUCGUCAUGCCAGGCCGUAUGAGUUUUGAUCAAAGGUGUAUCAUUUGGUUGAAGGUGUAUCAUUUGGUUGAAGGUGUAUCAUUUGGUCGAAGGUGUAUCAUUACUUGGGGUGUGUUGCUACUGGUGCUCUGCACGUUAUAUGAACCAUUCAUCAUUUAUGGUAGGUAUAAACUAUAAAUGUUCCUAAGUUGUAUUUCCCCUUGUGCGCCAGGUCUUGUAUUUAGAGCUCCAUUUUUACCUUUAAAUUGUUCAUGUUAUCCUGAACAUUGACGUUCUUGAACCAGAUUUAGAAGGAUGGCCAUUUUACCUCAUUCUCAUACUAAUAUUUAUAUUGUUAGGCUUGUUCUCGAAGGUUGUUGAUGAAGUAAGCAAGUUCAUUGUGCUUGAAAGAUAUACUUCCUCUUGGCUAUAACGAACGUCUCCAUAACAAUGUUAUACGCACUGCAGUUUGUGUGUUAGCUAGCGCAGCAAAUAACAUCUUUCAUAGGACAUUCGGUAUUGGUUUGGUCAUGUCGGCGAGCGCGUCUUCUUUUCUCUUGGUUCAUUCCACGUCAGAAGAAGUAUUUUCUCUAAA